CCGCCCCUCCCUCGGCAACAUGGGCCACCUCUGCUCGGCGGAGCGGAAGAAGCCCUCCUACGGGCCCUGGAACCUGCCCCAGACGAGCUUCAGCCACCUCUCCCGCCAGGGGGAGGCCCUGAGUGAGCUGGAGACCCGGUUCACCCGCUGCUGCCAGCUGGCCGAGGGCGAGAGGCUGCCCUGCUGCACCCACGCGUGGGAAGGCGGCCUGGUCCGGUUCUGCAAGCAGGAGUACUCGACCAAGACCCUCCCCUUCCACUGCUGCCGAGAGGCCUCCAAACAGGCGCGCCUCACCUGCUUCGCCAGCCAAGCCCCUUUCCCCACUUAUGAAAAAGAGGGGGCAUUGCUCAACCUGGCCCAGCUCACCCCCCUGCUCCUGGACUCCCUUUGCAGCCAAGCCUCACAAGAUAGCAAGCAGAGGCCCAACCCGGCUUUGGUCCAGAACAUCACGGACACCUGUUGCAAACUGCAGGAGGGCGAACGGACUGCCUGCGCUGAGGAAGUGAAAUCGCAGUUUAUUGCCGCGUUCUGCAGUUCCCAAAGGCGCACCUGGAAGGACCCCCAGAAGUGCUGCUCCCACAAGGACGAGGCCGCCCGCCGCGAGUGCUUCGACCGCAGCUACCUGGGGCACAUCUCCCUCCUCAGCAGCGAGCAGGCCCCUCUCCCCACCGAGGCGACCCCCUAAACCCGAGGGGGCUAACUCCUGCCCUGCUCAGACCCCCCCGCCCGCCCUGUCCCUGCCACUCCUUCCCUCCGGCUGGUUCAGCUCUGCGCUUGGGGAGGGGGUGAGCUGCUCUUUCGGCCUUUAGGUUGUCGGAUCUCCUCGCCACCCAAAAUCCGGGGGUGGGACCAGAAACCUUCUCUAUGCACUGACCUCAUGAUCAGAGGGGCCUCCCUCAGCCCUUGCUUGAAUGCACUUUAUCUCCUCGAUGGAAGCCGCAGGCCGGCCAAAGCCGAGCCUGUGAAGAUUUGGGAGCUCCUCCUUGGCUUUGCUGUCGGGGGGCAUUUGUUGGAACCACGGGAGAAAGGGGAAAGGGGCCUUGCUGGCACCCCACGCACCUCCCCCGGCUUGGCCAACUGGCACAGGGGACGUGGCCCCCUCCCAGCUGGGCAGCUCCAGAUCCUGGAACCUCUCUGGGUCCGCAAUGAUCCCUGGGGCAGGAUCAGCCUUGCCAUGCCAUGCCGUGCCAGCUCCAUCUGAAGUGAUUGGCCUGGUCUUCAGGAGCCUGAAUGGGGGGGCAGCUCGGCUCUUUGAAGAGCUGCAGAGGGACAGGAAUCGAACCCCUGGUGAGCUGGAGAAAGGAACUGAUUUCCGCUGCGCUUCCAAACUGCAGCCCCCUCCCCGCAGUGCCCGUUUGUCUCCCGGACAAAGAAGGGCGUAGCAGUAACCAAUAUUUACCUGCGACACCUGCCAGCCACAAAGGUGGGUGGUGAUGGUGGCCGGUUGGCAUCUUGCCCUGCCCAGUUGCAUUUCUGCAUCGUGAUCUUUGCUUGUAACCAAUGCAUUUUUCGUAUUGUAAUGAAGUGAUGUGCCGGGGCAAAGGGUCCAAUAAACCACUUUUUGGAAAAGC